AUGGCACCCGCAUCCGCAGAUGGCCUGAACAUCAUCAUCCUCGGCGGUGGCAUCGCAGGUCUUACCACAGCUCUUGCCUUGACCAAGUUCGCACCCCAAGGCCAAGUACCGCGAAUCCGAAUCUUUGAGAUCAGACCUGAGCCUGGUGUUAUCGGGGGAGCUGUCAACUUGACUCCGAAUGCUCUCCGAAUGCUCGACUACCUCGGCGCCUUCCAAAUCAUUCACGAGCGGCAAUACGGCAGAGACAUCGACUAUCUGGAAAUCUUCGAUGCAUACUCUGGCAAGAUCGCCGAAUCAGACUUCCGUGGACCGGAUGGCAAGGGAAUAGGAGAUCCACCAUACAAGGCACUGCGCAUCACUCGAGGUGAUGCCUUGAAGGCGGUCAUGUCAGCCCUGGAGCAAUGCGAGAAUAUCACCAUGACUUGCGGCAAGCGAACUGUCAAGAUUGACGAGACCGCGGAUAAUGUCACGAUCCACUUCGAAGAUGGCGACUCAGCUACUGGUGACCUUCUCAUGGGCUGCGAUGGUAUUCACUCAGUGACCCGCCUGAAGCACGUUGAGCCCGAGAGGACAGCUACCUAUACCGGCGUUGCCAACGCUUUCGGCUUCGCGCCAGUCAGCAAGGACUUUAAGACACAUUUCGAAUGCACCGCCAUCAACUUUGCUCAGCGGGGAAUGCUUCUGACGUCUUACCACUCCCCAUCGAACGAGUCAAUCUACGUCGGUGGUCUGAUGUCUGUUGACGACGUUGGAUCACGAGAUGGGUGGAAGUCAGUCGGAGCCGACGCAGAAAAGACAAGACAAAAGCUCCUCGACAGAUUCGGCGAUGCAAAGAUCCCACAACUCAAGCCUCUAAUCGAAGCAGCCCAGGACUUCUUCCUCUGGCCCGUCUACACCCUCACAAAAGAAGGGAAAUGGUCAACAAACCGCGUAAUGCUCCUCGGCGACGCCGCACACGCGAUGCCACCCCAAGGCGAAAGCACCGGCAUAGUCUUCGAAGACACCGUCCUCUUCGCGCGCUGCCUGACACGCUGGAUCGAAAAAGGCAAGCCCAACACGAUGAAAGAGGCCUUCAACGCCUACGAAACGCUCCGACGCGGGAGGAUAGAGGAUGCGUUUGAGGAGUCGAAGAAUGUCGUCAAGACUGUGUCGGAUGCUGGGUGGUUGGGGCAUAAGAUUAAGACGUUUAUUGUGCCGUGGUAUCUUUGGUUCUCGAGGGCGGGGAGGGAGAAGCAUUUUUUGGAGGAUGUGACGAAGGCGGAUAUUGGGUAUUAG